AUGGACAAAAUGGCCAGACAGGGGACCAAGUUUACUCAGUCUUAUUCGACCCAUCGCUGCUCCCCAACCCGCGCUGCAAUUUUAACUGGAAGAUAUCCCUUCCGCUUCGGACUGGGAAUGGAUCCAAUUCCUACGGCUUCCAACUUUGGACUCGACGAACGCGAAAAGUUGCUGCCUCAAUAUUUGCAGGAAGUCGGCUACUCAUCGCACAUAGUCGGAAAAUGGCAUCUUGGAUACUGCAGGGAAGCGUAUCACCCGCUAUCGCGGGGCUUCGACAGUUUCUAUGGCUGCCUGAACGGACAAGUCAACUAUACUGAUCACUUGACAACGAAAGCUCUUGACUUUUUCGAUAAUCGCGAGCCGGUACUGGCGGCACAAGGCAAAUGGACGACGGAUUUGUUUGGCCAGCGUACGAUAAAAUUACUUGAUCAGAGUGACGAAAAUGCCAAAUUUAUUUAUCUUGCCUUCAAUGCUCCGCAUGAACCCACCGAUGCCCCGGAAACAAUCAAAAGGAUAAUUAGACGGGCUUAUCCUACAGUUCCUGAGUCUCGAGUUGAGCAUCUAGCUGCAGUUCAUCACAUGGAUAUCUGGCUUUCAAGAAUUUUUCAUCAAUCAAGAAAGCUUGAAAGGGAGACCAUCUUCAUCGUCCAGUCCAGGGUGCUCUUUUUCCAAAUAUUUUCAUUCCACUGGCAGAUGAACACCCUGAAAAAGUCUGAUAAUGGCGGAGCAGUUCGAAAAUACACCUGGAAAAGUGGGACCGAAGAGCCAAGAAGCUGCAACUUUCCAUUUCGUGGGUCAAAAGAUACGAUCUUCGAAGGAGGAACUUUGACACCGACUUUCGUCUAUUCUUCGAAAAGAAAGCUCCCGAAAAGAAGCCGAAGCCAAUUCUUCCAUGUUGUCGACUGGCUCCCUACAAUUCUCAGUCUUUCCAACUACACUUCUCCUCUUCCGAAAAAUCUAGAUGGAGUUGAUCAGUCAAACCUCAUUCUUUCCCAAGAAAACCAGGCGAGUAAGAGGAGGAAAUUCAUCUACGCCGUUUUUCACGAAAGAAACAAGGAUGGAGAGUACGAAAUGAAGUACACGGCCAGAUUCGGGAAUUUCAAAUUCAGCACGAUUGUCCAUCGAAGUGUCGGGACUUACGAAUGCUCCGGUGGAUUUGAAAGCCCGUAUAUUGAUAAGUAUAUCAAAAAAUUUCACCCCGACCCAAGUUUUUACCAAUCUCUCUUAUUAAAUUCAACAGUGAGAUCUGACGAGCCCUUGGGAAGAGAUCUGAUCAAAGCUUACUCUCUCUAUGAUUUAAAAACGGACCCGGGGGAGUUGAUUAAUUUAGCAACCCCGGAUAAAUUGACGAAACAAAAUAUCGUAAUGAUCAACCGAAUCAACAAGUGGGCGAUGGCAGAAAUCCAGAAAGAAGUGCGCCGCCCAUUGACAUCACCCUCGAAAUCGAUCAUUAAAAGGACGAAAAAGGCAAUUUGCAAGAAUCUCUACAACGGCGAUGAAUUUGCAAUGAGAUUGGCCAACGGGGACAUAGAAGAGUUCCAUCACAACAACACUGAAUACCCCAAAAUCAAGUCCAUCAUCGGAUCAAAAUUUUGCGAAGACGAAAACGACUUCAAAACCACUCUCCUGAAAUUCAUCAAAAACGAUCCAAAAAGAGUGGAGCUGCAAAAUGCCAUGCUCUACCUCAACGAAGGCGUUUUUCAUUGA